GCUGUUUCAAGUUGACAUCGCCGUACUUGAGGUUUGUCGUAAGCAUGCUGGGAGGGCUCGACCUCAGCCAUUUGCCGGCAUUUCCAAUCCUCAAUCCUUCAGUGCCCAGAGUUGAGUAUCCAUGUUCCGACCCAGUCUAUCCUGUCACAUCGUCAGCUCUUGCGGUUGUUGCCGGAGGUUGGAGAGCCUUCGGAUCGUCAUAGACCAGUCCUUUAUCCUUCAGAUCGUGCAACUUGCCGUUCACCGCGGUUGCGGAAGGCUUCCUUGCUUGACUUGAAUCAGAGCUAAAGUACUGAGCGAGGCUUUGUGAUGGUUCA